AUGCAGGAGAGUGCCCAAAUGGUCGCUUGGAUCAAAUCUGAUGAUGAAAAAGCCAAAAGUCGUCACAAGAGGCAUCAGGUAUUCAUAACAGUCGCCGAAUAUGAUGAGAAAUAUCUCAAGUACCUCAACAACACAGACGCUUCAAUUGUUUGGUCCUUGGGAUACACUAAAGGCAUCACACAUCCGUGGCCGAUUCUUCUGGCAAUCAGCUUGCAAGCUGAUGCUGAUAGCAAGGCAGGAUACUUGGGAUUAUGA